CACCAACCAAUCAGCAGUCACCUAGCCUUCUCACUGAAAAAUAUGGAUGACAAGACCAGAGGAGUAAACUGCUGUCCGUUCGCCCCUCUCCUCCUCCGCACGGGCCCAUAAACAUGUCCACAGAUGACAGCGUCUCUGAGGACGUGUCCAGCUCGGGCCCUCUGAGCCAUUGCCAGGUCAGUGCUGAUGGGGAUGGGGGCAAGGAGAGCGAGGUGUCUCUGCUGUCCUCCGAGGCGACCACCGCCUCCGGGCUGGCGGUCUCUGAGGACAGACGCUCGGCCUCCCAACCAACAGGGGGCACCGUGGCCAGCCAGCCUGUGAAGAUCACACCAGCAUGUGACAAGAUCAGGGGUCUGUGUCUGAGGACGGAGGAAGCCUUCGCUCCAGGAAGGAACCUGCCGUUCAUCAACCCCAGCUCCCUUGAGACCCUGAGAGCCCUGGUGGAGGAGAUACGCAGCAGUGGCGAGAUGGACCCGGAGAUCUGGAAGGACUGUGAGGGCAGAUGGUUGCAUCUGUUCCAGCUGGUGGAGAAGCAAUACCAGGAGCAAAUCCUCGCACAGCAAGAACAAUACCAGUGCCAAAUACAGUUAAUCCAGGAUGAAAUUAAGGCGCUGGUGCAGCUCCAGAACCGCCAGGCCAGCGUCCCUCCCCACUCGGACUUCCCCCAGACCCCGACUGUCAAAACGGGCGACAGCACCAAGGACUUCAUUCUGCCCUUCAUCUCCGCCGACUGCAGCUUCCCCAUACGCGUGGCCAGCGACAGCGACAGCCUGGCCGCCCCUGCUCUCUCGCCGUUCAGCUCCCCCUCGCCCCCGCCGCAGAGGUCGGAUGCGGCCAACCCGGGCGAGGAGCGGGCCGCCACGGUGCUCAGCAGCGGCUACGGGACUCUGUCGGCAUGGGAAACGGAAGCUGAGCACAGGUGGUCCGCUAGCAUCCAGGAAGACGCGGAAACGGCUGUGAUGACGCAACAACAAGGUAGCAAGGAGGAGCGUGACCCAUCGGUCCACCAGCAGAGAACCUCUGGCCAGCUGUUGACUUCCUGGGCUCUGAGGCACAAACUCCGACCCAAGAAGAGUAAGGCAGGACCGUCCCAAAUUCCCGAGUGUGAGGAGCUGCCACACAACAACACCGAAUCAGCCCAACCUCCGCUGGAGAUCACAGACUCCCAGGUACAGGUACAGCUCCAGCAUCCAGCAUCGGUGUGGUCCUCUUUUCCACCCAGGAGGGACAGCCUCUUGUCUGACGCCUCAGGCUUCACUUACUGGCGUCUGAACGAGUGCGAUCUGUACCACCCGUUGCCGGACAGCCUGGACGGCGGCGCUUACCUCCUGCAUGAAGUUUCCACGGCUCAGGCACCUGGCGUUUCUCUGCGAGAGAUCUACCAGCACAAGCAAAGAACGGACAUGAAGCAUUCCGACUGGGAACGCGCUGACAUUCCCGGUCCUUUGCAGGCGACUGCAACCACACGCCACUCGCAUCGCUCCUCCGCUUUCCCGUCACCCUCCCGCUUUGCCUCGCUCCGCCUCGUACCACCCCUGACCCCUGACAGCAUGGUGGAAUACAAUGUGGAUACAGACGGCGUCUCCGAGGCGUCCCAGGAGGUCCCGCCCACCUCGCAGGAUAAAGCCUGCCUCGAGGUCACCACAGCCCUCCUAGCCAAUGAAGAGGCUGGCCACACCCACAGCAGCACUCAGAAGCCUGCAUCACCUUCUGGCGCCACUCGCAGGAGUCCACCGUCCUCUCUAGAAGAUCCCGUCUUUCUUUCCCUACUGAGACAGAACCUGAGAGAGAAGCACUCUCGCCACGUGGCUGACUUGAAGGCGUAUUACGAGUCGGAGAUACAAGUCCUGCGAGACAAGCUGGACCUUCGAGAUCUGCCUGGAGAUUUAGAGCGGGGAAAUCGGGUCCUGGCAGAGAGGUGUGAGCGCCUGGAGAAAGCCCUGGCUGAAGCUACCACACGUAUCCACGAGCUGGAGGCAUCCAACGUCUCGCUGGAGAAAAAACUGAUUGAAGCCGUGAACUUUGAAGCUGGAAGUUGUGAGGGGGCCGAGUGGUCCGAGCGCUACGCGGUGGCGGGCGCGGCUGUGAAGUCGCUGCGUCAGCGACUAGACGACAGCAAGCGCUCGGGCCGAGAGAAGGACGCCACCGCCGCUCGCUUGAGGGCACGUGUCAAGCAGCAGGAAGCGGCGGCGCUGAAGGCCCGGCGAGAGGUUGACGAGAGCGAGGCCACGAGGGAGCGCCAGGGCGAGAUGAUGAAGGAGCUUCUUGGUGAAUACGACUGUGUGGUGAAGGACAACGACAGACUAAAGGUAAUCAAUGAACAUGAUUGAUUUGUCACAUAAAGUCAUCAGUCAUCCAUCUGUACAUUACCUUUUUUUCAAUACUUGAAUUUUUGGUCAAAACCUUUUUUUUGCAAUGGCUCUUACUGAAUUUUGUGCUUUUUUUUUGGGCAAAAUGAAACCAAUAUGUACGAAAACCUGCCCAUAAAUCAUCAUGUCAUCAGUUUCCUUUGAUUUCUUCUCCCUCUGCAAUGAAAACAAUUGAUUUAUGAUUCAUUUGUUCCAAUUUGUGAUAUGAUAACAUAUAGUACUUAAAAAUAUAUUGGUAUUAUAUUUUUGUAUGUAUGGAGAAGUGUGCUGGUGCCCAUUUCUAAGAACGAGGGAGAUGUGCAGAGCUGUGGCAACUACAGAGGAAUAAAGCUGAUGAAGUUCUGGGAAAGAGUAGGUGAAGCUAGACUAAGGGCACAAGUGAGCAUUUGUGAGCAGCAGUAUGGUUUCAUGCCAAAAAAAAGAGUACUACAGAGGCAGUAUUUGCUUUGAGGAUGUUGAUAGAGAAGUACAGAGAAGGCCAGACGUAGCUGCAUUGUGUUUUAGUAGAUGUGGAGAAAGCUUAUGACAGGGUGCCCAGAGAGGAAGUGUGCUAUUGUAUGAGGAAGUCUGGAGUGGCAGAGAAGUAUGUUAGAGCGGUGCAGGACAUGUAUGAGGACUGGAAGACAGUGGUGAGGUGUGCUGUAGGUGUGACAGAGGAGUUCAAGGUGGAGGUGGGACUGCAUCAGGGAUCAGCUCUGAGCCCCUUCUUGUUGGCUAGAGAGGAGAAGCUAGAGAGGUGGAGGUUUGCCCUGGAAAGGAGAGGAAUGAAGGUUAGCGCAGUAAGACAGAGUACAUGUGUGUGAAUGAGAGGGACCCAAGUGGAAGAGUGAGCUUACAGGGAGAAGAGAUCAAGAAGGUGGAGGAUUUGAAGUACUUAGGGUCAACAGUCCAGAGCGAUGGAGAGUGUGGAAAAGAGGUGAAGAAGCGUGUACAGGCAGGAUGGUACGGGUGGAGAAAAGUGUCAGGUGUGAUGUGUGAUAGGAAAGGAAACUGUGGUGGUGUUUGGUCUAGAGACAGUGUCCAUGAGGAAAAGACAGGAGACAGAGCUGGAGGUAGCAGAGAUGAAGAUGCUGAGGUUCUCUCUGGGAGUGACCAGGAAGGAUAGGAUCAGGAAUGAGUACAUCAGAGGGACAGCACAUGUUAGAGGUUUUGGAGAUAAAGCCAGAGAGGCCAGACUGAGAUGGUUUGGACAUGUCCAGAGGAGAGAUAGGGAAUAUAUCGGUAGAAGGAUGCUGAGCACUCCUACCGUCAGGCAGACGCUACAGGAGUUUGAAGUCCAGGACCACAAGGCUGGCAAACAGCUUUUACCCACAGGCCAUCAGGCUCCUCAACGAAGCACUCGCACACGCCGCACGCAACACACGCACACACUCAUAGCACUUUAUUUAUUUAUUUAUUUGUAUUAUUUACUUGUAUUAAUGUCUCGUCUGUUGUUGUUGCUUAAUUUAUUGGUAUAUAUGUUUAUGUGUUUAUGUUUCUUAUGUUCUUAUUCUUUCAUUUGUUUUCUUUCUUUUCUUGGGAGAAUGAACAGAAUAAGAUUUUCAUUGCAUGGUAUAACUGCUGUUGUACUAUGCACAUGACAAUAAAACUCUCUUGAAACUCUUGAGUUUGGAACUGCCAGGCAGGAGGCCUAGAGGAAGACCAAAGAGGAGGUUUAUGAAUGUAGUGAAAGAGGACAUGAAGGUAGUUGGUGUGAGAGAAGAGGAUGCAGAAGACAGCCUUAGAUGGAGGCAACUGAUUGGCUGUGGCGACCCCUGAAGGGAAAAGCCCAAAGGAGAAGAAGAUAUUUUUGUAUGUAUUAUUAUGUUCAUGAUAUAUUUUAUUAUUACAGUCAUUGCAGCCAAGAUUUGAGCAAGGAGGAACAAAGAUUUGUUUUAUUAUUUAUGUGCUGUAAAAGAAUAAGAAGUAAUACCAUCUAAAACAGUUCUAAAGUAUCCAAUGAGUAGUAUGUGCAGCCAUAUGGAAAAAAACACACAUUUGGGCACAUCACAAUAAAUUGGAAUAUUUUUGAAAAGUGAAUUUACUUCAGUAGUUGAAUUCCAAGCUCUUAUCUUGAAUACAUUCGCUAUACACACAAUGAAAUAUUUCAGGAACCUAUUUGUUCAUCAUUUUGAUGAUUAUUGCUGACAGCUAAUAAAAAAACCUAAAUUCAGUGUCACACAACAUCUGAAAAAUUGGCCAAAAAAGUAGACUAUUGUAAAGCCCCGGUCAUUGACUGAGCUGCACCUGUGUAACGUAUGUCCUUAUGUAAUCUAUAUUUCUACAGUAGAGCGCCACGCUAGAGGUUAGUCACUACUUAUUCACCAGUUCCUAAAAUGGAUCUUGAAGUGUGUCAACCUGGGAUUUCCCAUUUUGAUGCUGCCUGUUUGUUUUGUGUCACUUCCUCAUCUCAUCUCACCUCGCCUUUUGUUUUGU